AUGGCGCUGUCUUCCAGAUACGCUCUUUUGAUCCUACUGAUCGCAUUGGUGUUGUUCAGCACACAUGCUCAUGCCUUUGGCGCAGGAAACAUCGCCUCGAUAUCCAAUAUCGAGGGCAAGAACUGGCGACAUGGUGAUAUCGAAGAUCUACUGAAGCAGGUAACUUGUAUCAAGCACCACAAAUGGACUUCUAUGAUGAUCAAGCGAGCCUACUUUGGCAAUUGGCUACGAGAUUACUCGCAAGCCAUGGAUACAGGUGCCUUAAAGAAGGCUCAGCCAGAAAGUAUCAGGAUCCUUGUAUGGUUGCUAUCCUUUUUAGGCUUUGGUUAUGCUACCGCCGAGUUCGAGGUCACAUCGGAAAGACUUGGCGUUUAUAGGCCAGAGGAACACAUUGACAACCCGAAGAAUUACAACGACGACCAAGAUGCGCGACCUUAUGACGCUCGCCUACGUGCUCCUGUCAGACCAAUCGAAAUUCAGAUCGACCAUGAGACUGGAAUGAAGAACUAUAUCGCGAAUGGAAAAGGUGAUUGGGCUACUAGUGCAGCAUUUGUGAAAUACAGCUUCACCCAAAGUAUUCAUCACGGUCGUCUGUACACUAGCGGUUCUGGUAUGUUCUCAAAGGGGAAGGACGAAGACCUUGCAGAAGCACUUCGAUUAUUGGGCCAGGGUCUACAUACACUCGAGGACUAUGGCGCUCAUACCAACUACGUCGAGUUAGCGCUCAUUGAACUUGGCCAUCGCAAUGUCUUUCCGCACGUCGGCGCUAAUACUCAGGUCAAUGUCAGAGGCAAGCGCGUCUGGCCUCUCGUGACGGGCACAUUUGGCAUGGUCGACUUUUAUCAUUCGGUCAUUGGUGAGGCCAAGGACCACUUCACUCAGAGUGAAGUCAGUGAGAUGAACAACGCUAUGGGUAUGGCUGAACAAGCUGCUAGUUCGUCGAACCCUCUAGCAACAUUGGUCAAGCUGCUUUCGAAGGUACCUGGUGCGGGAAGUCUUGGAGACGAAGCCACGAGAUUGCAUGCUGCAUCUACAGCUGAAGCCCGAAGACAAAGACAAGGCGGUAGUCGAAGAGGGAUCGAUGAUUUCGGUAGCUCAGGAGUUGAUCAUGACUCCAGCUCCUCACGAGGGUUGGAUGAUUACAGCAGUUCGAGAGCGGGGCCUGGAGAUUUUCCGGGUGCAGGCCAUUACGGAGCAGCAUCUCACAGUGCUUACAACAGCUACAGUCAACCACUACAGCAGAACUACUAUCAGAGUGGCUACAAUGACUAUGAUCAAGGUUAUGGACAGCAGCCUCCACCACAAUGGGGUCAACCACCUCCUCAAUGGAAUCAACCACCACCUAUGGCCAACCCGUAUAAUCAAGGUCCAAUGUCGUGGCAGCCGCCGCCACAACCUCCACAGCACGAUCCAUACAUGCAGGCACAAUCGUGGACUCAACCUGCUCCACAACAUGAUCAAUAUAACGGCGGCUCGUCCUGGCAACAGUCGUCCAACCCGUCCUAUCCUCCACAGCAGUCCCAGCCUCAAAUUUUGCAGGCCGCCUCGUCCCAGCAGAUCCAGAGGCCACCUCCAGGGCUCCCAGGUAUGCCCGACUUCGACCCUGGCAAGACAAUGAAACAGAUCUACCCCAUUCUCGUCUUCCGUGACAAAGUAGUCCGCACUAUCAGCAGUAUCAUUGAGAAAAUCCCGGGUCUCGAAGCUCUUGUCGAUCGUAUUGUCGAGACACUGACAGUCUUCAUAUUCAGCCUUCUCGCACCCUUCGUCCGACCUGUCCUCAACGCACUGCAAAAGACUCUACAAAGCAGUUCGGAGGGUGUAACAGAAUGGAACAAGAAGCAUCAAUAUGAGGUGUGGGAUGAUCCGAACUGCUCGGAUCCUACACACAGUAUGCUUUCGAAGGAUCAUUUUUCGAACAUCCUCAACGAGCCGGCUGGAAGAGUGGCUGGUGAAAUUCUGAAGUUCAUCGCGCCUCGAGUGUUGUAUGCAUGGGAACAUCCUGAAGUUCCUGUGGAUAGGGUGAUGCAGGAUGUGGAGAGCAUUUUCCACCAUCCAGCUCUGAGAGACGAGAGAAGUAAUGAGUGUCAUAGGAACAUGUUCAACGUGGUGAAGGAGUGGACAAGUCGAAGAGAUCGAAAUAAGAUCGAUGGUGUACUGAACGCGCAGGCUGUCAGAAAGGGAGACAAUCAUAUUGCUGGGGUCGAUGACCAUGCAGGUCACGGAAGCUCUAUGGGUGCGCAUGGAGCGUCUUUCGGUCAAACAAGUGGUCAUACAGGUGGUCAUGCAAAUGCAGCGCCUGGUGGAUAUGGUGCUUACUUACAACAAGCCGAGCAUGUCGUGUCAGGAUUCACUGGUGGUGGCAAUCAACACUCUAGCGGUGGCAGCGGUCACGCCAGCUCUAACCAAGGCGGUCUUGGUGGAAUUCUGUCACAAGCAGAGUCCUUCCUUGGCGGAUCGUCCAACAAACCCGGCAGUCAUGGUAGUAGCGCUGGUGCUGGUGGCUUCCUCCAGCAAGCAGAAUCCUUCCUCGGUGGUUCAUCCAGUCGACCGAGUGGACAUCAUGGUGGGAGCAGCGGCGGUUAUGGUGGAGGAGGUCUCAACGACAUGCUCGGCAUGGCUUCAAAACUCCCUGGCGUCGGAAAUUACGCCUCAAGCCUCAACCAAUUCAACAAACUCAGUAGUGCGUUUGGCGGCCUUGGUGGAAAGCGCGACUUGCCGGGUGAGGAGCUCGAUGAACAAGGACGCGUUCGUGGGCCAGCGCAUCCGACACCCAUCCCUGGAGAUGACGGCGAUUACGGCGACAGUGACAGAUACGUCAAUCUGGGCCUCAGUUCAGUUGGCGGUGCGAAUGAAUUCUACGAAAGCGCGUUGAGAAGUCGACAUGCUGCACCGAGUCCUGGCUCAUUGCCCGUACCUAGUGGAUAUGAGACUUACUCGCAGGGAGGAAGCUAUGAAGCGUCAUCGUAUGGCCACGGACAGCUGAGUCAGUACGACACUACCAGCUAUGGUGGUGAAGGACAAUCGUAUGCACAACAGAGUCGACGAGAGCACAAUUACCAAUCUGGCGGAUAUGGUGGUGGUGCUGGAGGAUAUUCCGCUGAGCAGACAGGCGGAUACGGCAGUCAGCGCUUUGACGGAAGAGGGGCAGGAGAUGAGUAUUAUCGUGGUUGA